UCUCCAUCAAAUCCUUCCCCACGAUCACUACCCUUAUUUCCUCUCUUCUCUCAUCUAAACCUUCCUGAUCCCUACGUAUACCUUAGUCCAAUGGCACCACCACCCAAGAGCUUUCUUCUCACCUUUCUCUUCAUCUCCUCCUUCACAAUAGCAAUGGCAGCCUACAACAUUGUAGACUUUGGUGCCAAAUCCGAUGGCCGAACCGACUCGGCCAAGGCAUUCCUCAGUGCAUGGACUGCUGCAUGCGAAGCUAACAAGCCUGCGACGGUCUACGUGCCGCCCGGCAAGUUCUUCUUGAGCAAGGCUGAUGUCUCUGGCCCAUGCAACAACAAAGCGAUCAAAAUCUUCAUCCAUGGCACCCUCAUUGCACCCUCCAGUUAUAGCUCAUCAAACACACUGUGGAUCAGGUUUAAGUACGUCGAAGGGCUGUCCAUCUACGGCGGGACGCUCGACGGCCAAGGGCAGGCUCUGUGGGCAUGCAAACAGGCUGGCCGCAGCUGCCCGGUCGGCGCCACGUCACUGACGAUCAGCCAAGGCAAGAAUGUGUUGAUCAGCGGCAUGAAGAUUCAGAACAGCCAGAACUUCCAGAUGUCAAUUUAUGGCAGCACCGGCGUGACGGUCGAACGUGCGACGAUCACCGCCCCCGAAGAAAGCCCUAACACCGACGGCAUCCACGUCCAGAUGUCGAGCUUCGUCACCAUUAGGAAUAGCACCAUGAGGACCGGCGACGACUGCAUCUCCAUGGGAGCUGGGUCUGCCAAUGUCUGGAUCCAGAAAAUUAACUGCGGACCCGGUCACGGCAUCAGCAUUGGAAGCUUGGGGCUCUCGGGGGACGACGAGGGAGUGCAGAAUAUAACGGUGAGGUCGGCGACGUUCACCGGGACGCAGAACGGGCUAAGGGUAAAGACAUGGGCAAAACCCUACAAAGGAUUCGUGAAAGGUGUCACGUUCGAGAAUGCCAUCAUGAAGGAUGUCCAGAACCCGAUCGUCAUCGACCAGAACUACUGCCCCAGCAAAAAGAAUUGCCCAGGCCAGAGCUCAGGAAUCAAGAUCAGUGAGGUGAAGUUCAAGAACGUUCAGGGGUCGUCCGCAACUCCGGUGGCGGUGAAAUUCGACUGCAGCCCGAGCAAUCCAUGCACAGGAAUUGAGUUGAAGGAUAUAAAACUCAAGUAUCAGAACAAGGGGGCACAGGCUUUCUGUAGGAAUGCAAGGGGAACUGUCGCAGGAAUUGUCGAGCCGCCGAGUUGCCUCUAAGUUUGCUGGUGCACAUCCUUCAGCCUACAAUAAGGGAAUUUGCCGAGUCCAUGACAAUGGACUAAUGCCUAUACAUACAUACACAUAUAUAUGUAUACAUAUAUAUAAAUAUCAUGUAUUAAACAGUGGGGAUGUUGCUAUUGUUGCUUCAUGAAUUAAACAGAAUCUGUCGGCUCGAGAGAUGGACAGAUUCUGAGAGAUUAGUUGGAAUGCUGGAGAUCCAUGUUUUUAAGACCUUGAGCAAGAUUUAACUUAUCCAAGCCCCAUGGGGCUAGAUUGUGGGAAAUCUAGUAUUAUUUUAUGACA